CAUGCACCCGCGUCAUUCAUCGCCAGUCAAUGUUAUCUUCCACCUACCCACUUCCUCUCGCCUUUACUCCUGCACUCGUUCCCCCAUUUUCCUCCUCCACCUCCACCACUACCGCCGCAUCUACUCCACUAUAGCCAAUCAUUUUCCCUUUCUCUUGUUGUUCUUCUGGAUCUCCACUGCUUCGAGCUAUCUCUCCCUUCCAGAUACGUCUAUGGUGUCUUCGUCUUCCUUCGUUCCUGCUGCGUUGCCAGCCGCAGCCGAAGACAUCGCUCCUCUCCCACUCAUCCGGUGCCCUAGAUGCAACCUCGGUGUGAUCCAGUGGUUCAUCUCUGAGACCCCCAUGAAUCCCGGUCGUCAUUUCUACAAGUGCCAGUUCCGUGAUAUCGGGCGUUGCAACUUUUGGAAAUGGGAGAACAAGUACAUCGACUACCUGCGCGCUCGUUGGUCGCAUGUGUUUCUUCCUGCACCUCCUCCUGCCGUUCAAGCCCCCACCAUGAUCCUCCGUGAGAUUUAGUCGGACAUGAAGAUUGCACUUGCCGUCUCCCUUGGCAUUAAAGUUGAUGUCAUAACUUUUUGGCAAUAAGUUCCCUGCAUACGUAUUUUUGGCCUUAUAGCGCCCGGUGUACAAUGCUGGCACCUCUCUCUUCCAUUGUCAUCUUCCUCUGCCCUCCUCCCCUGCUCCAGAUCCCAUCUCCUCUUCUCUACAAACCAGUUUCCCUUGCAGAUUCGUCCAACCCAGAUUCAUCAACAUGUCUGCACCACAGCCAUGCCCAAACGAAGACCCAGACCCUCUUGAAGACCCCAAAUUCUGGCUUAUCCAUCCAACUGCACCAACUUCAACAUCCCGAACGUCUUUGCAGAAGGUUUUCUACCUUGAUAACGUUGACUUAGGAAUUUACAAUAUGUCACACAAUACUCUCCCAAUGAUAUCUGAAUUUAAACUAUCAACUUUCAGCGGGAUGAUCCUCCAGUGCAGCAACUCCUCGAAAUAUAUUGAAGAUUAUUCUAAUGUCCGAAUCCGCCCAGCUGCUGAAAUUUGCUACAAACGAGUUGUUUGGGAUUCUACACCUGACAUCCAAACUCCUGGAUUACGCAAUAAACCUUCUAACAGCAACAAUCCAAGCCCGCAGCCUCACACACAGUGUCACCGACAAUCCAGUCCUUCCAUAGGCACUGGUUCAUCUUGGCAUACCACACCGCAAACCAAUGUUUCUUCGCAACACUAUCGCACUCCUCGAUUAUCCACUGCCAAUGACUUUUCGAUUCACAUGAAGGACAAAUACCCUAAUCUGGUAUACACUGAGGUUGGUAUAAUGCUAAAAGAGCACAACGCCAUACCAUUCAAGAUGAUUGCCGAUGUGAAAGACUCCAUAUUGAAAGAGAAUACCCGAUUCCUAGACAAAAUAGCUCCAAAGUUGGAGAAUAGAUGCACAGGCUGUUUAAAAAGAUCAAUCCCCUGCCUGCUUCAACCCGACAAUCAGGCACCCCCACCCAAUGAUAGCACAUUUACCACACCGGAUAACAAUUCUGGAUUGAAAUAUCGAUGUCUCUACACACAUGAUUCUGAAGCUUUUAGUCCAACAUCAUCUUCAACCAACAAAAGGAAAGGAUUACAUACCUCACACCACAGGCAAACAGGCUCUUUGUCAUUGCACAAACCUGAAUCUUCCACCGCUGUUCAUGGCAAAUCGAAGCAUGAUACAAUCAAAUCAUGGGCAAAAACUAUUGUUGGCGGAAUUAUCAUGUACAAUGACGACAUAGCUGUCCCUGAUGGAUCGGUCAUUCUUGGUCAAGAAUCCGCACGCCCUCAAGAAAAAGUUGUUGUCAACCAUUCUCAUUACGCCAUUAGUCAUUGGUCAUCCGGUAGUACCAUCGACUUCCCCUCAAUAGCCCUCCAGGACCGUUUGGCCACUAUCAUUUAUCGCCUACCAAUUGCUGACAAAGAACGAUUCAGUAUCACACACACCUGCCCUAGGUUCAUCACUUUGUCAUCCGAGGCGAUUGCAGACCAACUCGUUGGUUCUGAUAUAAUAGACCAUGAAUUAUUCUCCUUGCUAAUUCGUCGUAUUAGGCAAAUUGAUCAAGAAAUACUUUACCCACACGAUUCUUCACCAUGCCGCCACUACCUCGAACCAGAUUUUGCCAGUAGUGUUUUAUCCAGUGAUAAAGUGGCACGUGCCUGCUAUACUCGAAUCAGGUUGGGUGAUUUUCACAUGGGACAUGCUAUCAAAAACAAUUUACAUCCUUGAUGCUACCUCAGGGUUGUCCAGCCAACUUAAGAAAAGGCAUGAAAUGGUUGCUGACAAAUUACAUGUUGCACUUUUUGCUUGCAUCUUAAAUUUCUUUCAAAAAUGGCAUGUUGAUUGUUCCAACUGGAGAAAGAAAUUCCCUUUCUUGAUGACAUCUAUUUUUCCAAAGAAUCAAUCUGGCGUCUGCGCUCUUCACGUUGCAAGACAUUUUAAUGGGACAUCUCUGGAAGAAAUUUUGACACAUGAUGGAAUAACUAGAGAGAGAGGAUUCCUUCUUCACCAAAUCCUAGUCAUCAAGGGCAACAUUUCAAACCUGCCACAAACUCAGCAGGAUGCACUAGGCAGCAACUGAAGCACUUCAAAUGCAUAUCACCUGAUUUCGCUUGUUUCUUUUAUGUUUAAGGACAUCACGUACUGUGAAUUUUAAUAAAGAUUGUAACGCACAUUUGUCAUACUACAAUUUCAUUUUCACAAUCCCUCAUUGCAUACCUCUGUCCAUUUUGAAUUAA